AUUCUAUACAAAUAAAUUGAAUUUAAUUGAAAAAUAAAAUCCAUGACUUAUGUGUGGAUCUUGGGUAAUAAGACGAGAGAAACAAUUUGAGAGAAACAAUUUGUAUCAGCUGUUCAACAAAUUUUAAUCAAGUCCUAAUUUAUUACUAUAGCCAAUUAAAUUCUGCUAUUAAUAUUAAUACUUCUUCUUUUGAGACAUCAUUUUAAAUCUGUUUUUAUAUUUUCUGCUGAUUUCUCAGGUUUAUAGACAUAAUCAUGUGAGUUCAGGAGAAUUAUAAAAAUUCUACUAAAUUAAAAAAAUAAAGUAAAGACAAUAUGUUUAAGGUAUAUUGCAAAAAUCCUGAGAGAGAAAAGGGGAGUUAUUCUAAUUCUAAUUCUAAUUCUAAUUCCUGAAUUUUUCUGAUGCUAAGAAUGAGUGGAGAACAGAGCAGUGUAAAACAAACACUUAAAGUCAGAUCACAGUAUAUCUGCAUAUCGUCUAUGAAGGUGAGUGACGAGAAUAAUAUCAUACACACUUUAUACACCUACUGCUGAAAAUGUUGCCUUUAUACCUAAGCAGCAGAAAUCUAGAUCUAUACUUCUUUGUUUUUGUUUUUUUUUUUUCAUUUUUUUUAACUUCUAGUCCCAGGCACAGAAUGUCAGACCCUUACAAACAGCUGAACAAUUUAUAAAUGCAUUAAAAACGUUGCCUAUGAACGCAUCUUAUUCUUUACAUUUCCUUUUAUUUAGGAAAGUCUGGUUACUAAAGGACAUGGAAAACCGGAAAUUUCUAUACCUGUUACUGGACAAGGUGCAGUCCAAUUCCUCAGUCAUCAGUAAGAUCUGGAUGAGAGCCUUGUUUAUAUUUAGGAUCCUGAUUCUGGGAACAGCAGCUGAAAUUGUCUGGGCAGACCAGCAGCCCAGAAUUGUGUGCAAUACACAAAAACCUGGUUGUGAUAUUGCCUGUUAUAACUACUUCAUCCCCAUCUCUCCGAUUCGCUACUGGAUAAUUCAGGUAAUCGCUGUGUCCAUGCCUACAUUACUGUACCUGUGCCACGUCAUCCAUGUUGUCCACCAAGAGAACACCCAGCGAGAGAGAAUUAAACGAAAGCUUGAUGGUGAAACCAAAAACAGGUCCACAUACAGAGAUGAGAAGGGUCAAGGGAAGAUCCAGUGCAACCUGUUUGCGAGCUCCUUUACUUGUGUUUUUUUCAAGAUCGUCUUAGAGCUUGCUUUCAUCAUGGGACAUUACUACCUAUACGGCUUUUUCAUGAGGCCUCAGUUUAGCUGCCGUCAAAAUCCAUGUGUUUUCAUAGUGGAUUGCUACAUGUCACAUGUAACGGAAAAGAACAUUUUCAAUGUCUUCAUGUUCGUGAUAGCAUGUGUGUCCCUGCUGCUCAGUGUGAUCGAGGUCUUUUACCUGCUGUGCAGUGAAGCGCAAUGUUACUCUGGGAAGCGGGGAAUGAGGAAAUCUACUGAAAACAUCAACAGUUUAUAAUGGCCUAAUAAAAAGCCUAAUCUUGGAGCUGAAUUUCCUCCAGAGCAAAACAAAAUGAAUUAAAAUCACAGUUUUUUUUUUGUCAUCUUAUUAAAUACUUUCAUGAGUUUAUGGCAACACCUGUAUACUGUAAGAAUGUUAUGCAAAAUAAAUGAAAAAAAAAAUCUAA